AGGGUGCAGGAGGAGGAGGAGGGGGCUGUUGGCUGUUCACUUUUUUUCCCCCAACACUGAGAGGAGGAACAGUGUGUAGACAGCGCAGGGUUAAAGAACAAACACCGCCGUUUUGGGCUUUUUUUGUGCGUCCAGUUUUUCAACAUGUCUACGAAGGCAGAGCAGUUUGCCUCUAAGAUACGAUACUUGCAAGAGUAUCACAACCGUGUGCUGCACAAUAUUUAUCCUGUGCCGUCUGGAACAGACAUUGCAAACACACUGAAAUACUUUUCUCAAACCCUGCUCAGCAUCCUGUCCCGUACAGGCAGGAAGGAGAGCCAGGAAGCUUCCAAUUUGGCCGUGCCCAUGACCAUGUGUCUUUUUCCUGUGCCAUUCCCACUCACCCCAUCUCUAAGACCACAAGUCAGUUCCAUCAACCCUACAGUUACUCGCUCCCUCCUUUACAGCGUUCUGCGGGACGCCCCGGCCGACCGGGGGGGGGCCACCCAGCAGAGUCGGGACGCUCAGCUCUCAGAGUACCCCUCUCUGGACUAUCAGGGGCUUUAUGCCACCCUCGUCACCUUGCUUGACCUGGUGCCCCUGCUGCAGCACGGUCAGCACGAUCUGGGACAGGCCAUAUUUUACACGACAACCUGUCUGCUACCUUUUCUCAGCGACGAUAUUCUCAGCACUUUGCCCUAUACUAUGAUCUCGACCUUAGCCACCUUCCCUCCGUUCCUGCACAAAGACAUCAUAGAAUAUCUGAGCACGUCCUUCCUGCCUAUGGCGAUACUGGGAUCAACUCGAAGAGAAGGUGGUGUUCCAGCAUAUGUCAACCUGUCUGCUUCCUCUAUGCUGAUGAUUGCUAUGCAGUAUACCUCCAACCCAGUGUACCACUGUCAGCUAUUGGAGUGCCUAAUGAAGUAUAAGCAAGAAGUGUGGAAGGAUUUGCUUUAUGUGAUAUCAUAUGGACCGUCCCAAGUGAAGCCACCUGCUGUUCAAAUGCUCUUCCAUUAUUGGCCCAACCUGAAACCUCCAGGUGCCAUUAGUGAGUACAGGGGUCUGCAGUACACAGCCUGGAAUCCCAUUCACUGCCAGCACAUUGAAUGUCAGAAUUCUAUUAAUAAACCUGCAGUAAAGAUGUGCAUCGACCCUACUCUCUCGGUUGCCCUGGGAGACAAGCCCCCUCCGCUCUACAUCUGUGAAGAAUGCAGUCAGAGGAUUGCUGGGGACCAUGCUGAGUGGCUUGUUGAUGUGCUCUUACCUCAAGCUGAAAUAUCGGCUAUAUGUCAGAAGAAGAACUGCAGCUCUCAUGUGAGGCGGGCAGUCGUCACCUGCUUCUCGGCUGGCUGCUGCGGUCGGCAUGGCAACCGACCCGUGCGCUACUGCAAGCGUUGCCAUGUCAACCAUCACAGCAGCGAGGUGGGGGCUUCAGCAGAGACUCAUCUGUAUCAGACAUCCCCCCCGCCCAUCAACACCCGCGAGUGUGGAGCUGAGGAACUGGUCUGCACUGUGGAGUCCGUCAUCAGCUUGCUGAAAGAGGCAGAGAUCCAUGCAGAGCAGCGGGAGUUUGAGAUGAACCGACGGCGUCAGAUGGGCCUCUCUACUUCCCACCACUCACUGGACAACCUGGAAUUUGACAACAAAGAGGAUGAUCAGCAUGACCAGAGACUUCUCAGUCAGUUUGGCAUCUGGCUCUUGGUGAGCCUGUGUACCCCCAGUGAAAACACGCCCACAGAGAGCCUGGCCAGGCUGGUCAGCAUGGUCUUCCAGUGGUUCCACUCUACCGCCUACAUGAUGGAUGACGAGGUGGGCAGUCUGGUGGAGAAGCUCAAGCCUCAGUUUGUGACAAAGUGGCUAAAGACAGUGUGUGAUGUGCGCUUUGAUGUCAUGGUCAUGUGCCUGUUGCCCAAGCCAGUGGAGUUUGCCAGGGUGGGUGGUUAUUGGGAUAAAUCCUGCAGUACAGUUUCUCAGCUGAAGGAGGGACUCAACCGUAUCCUGUGUUUGAUCCCCUACAACGUCAUCAGCCAGCCGCUGUGGGAGUGCUUUAUGCCAGAAUGGCUGGAGGCAAUUCGCACUGAAGUGCCUGACAACCAGCUGAAGGAGUUCCGGGAAGUGCUUAGCAAAAUGUUUGAUAUAGAGCUGUGCCCACUGCCCUUUUCCAUGGAGGAGAUGUUUGGUUUCAUAAGCUGUAGAUUCACAGGAUACCCUGCGUCAGUACAGGAGCAAGCUUUACUGUGGCUACAUGUGCUGUCACAGCUGGACAUAGUAGUGCCUCUGCAGUUGCUGAUUGGCAUGUUCUCUGAUGGCGUGAACUCUCUAAAGGAGCUGGCCAAUCAGAGAAAGGCUCGAGCUGCGGACAUGACGAGAAAUGCAGGGGCCAGAAGGGUGAGUGUAGUGUCAGACCCUGGCAGAAGGGGGCAACACAACACUCUGAGUCCGUUCCCCAGUCCGUUUCGGAGCCCCUUCCGCAGCCCCCUGCGCUGUAGCCCCUUUAAGAACCUGGGACAUGCCACAGGCAACUGUGCUCUGGACCUAGACUGUGACGAUGAUGACAUGAAUCUGGGCUGCUUAAUUCUUAUGUUUGACCUCGUCCUUAAACAGAUGGAGCUGCAGGAUGACGGAGUGAUGCUGGGUUUGGAGGGCAGUCUAGGCAGGGACAUUGUGGGCAUCAUUAACAGCGUGUUCCAGGCUCCCUGGGGCGGAUCACACACCUGCCAGAAGGAUGAGAAGGCUCUAGAGUGCAGCCUGUGCCAGUCCAGCAUCCUCUGCUACCAGCUGGGCUGUGAGCUCCUCCAGAGACUCACUCCCCCUGAUGAGAUACGUCUAGUGGAGCCUGCAGACAGUCUGGAAGAGAGUCUGGUCUUUCCCAGGUCAGAGCAGCAAACAGAGGAGAUCACAGAGGAGGGGGACAACACAUCUGGUGCUAAUUCAGAUAACCCUGGCAACCAGAGUCACUCCCCUGACAAUCCACCCUUAAGAAAUAACUCUGAAAGAAAAUUCUCCUACCAGCAGCUUCCAGUUUCUCUCAGACUUAUUUACACCAUACUACAGGAGAUGGCAAAGUUUGAGGAGCCAGACAUUCUCUUCAAUAUGCUGAACUGUCUGAAGAUCCUGUGUCUGCACGGGGAGUGUCUCUAUCAUGCCCGCAAAGACCAACCUCAUUUCUUGGCGUAUAUCCAAGAGAAGAUGCUUAUUCCCUGCCUGUGGUCCAUGCUGAAGUCUGAGUUCUGCCAGCUGGCCUCCCUGGCAGUGCCUCAGCUGCUCCACGCUCUCUCGCUGUCCCAUGGCGCGGACAUAUUCUGGAUGCUGGUGGAGAGCAGUUUCAACAGCAAGGACUGGAAGAUCCGCUUUGAAGCAGUGGAGCGGGUCGCCGUGCUGUGCCGCUUUCUGGACAUCGGCUCAGUCACUAAGAGCCACCUGCUGAAGUAUUCACUGGCACAUUGCUUCUGCUGCUUCCUGGCCAGUAUAGAGGACGUCAACCCUGCUGUGGCUACCAGAGCAAGACUGCUGCUGGAUACCAUCAAACGUCCUUCACUACAGGGCCUAUGUCUCUGCAUGGACUUCCAGUUUGACACAGUGGUAAGGGACCGCCCCAUCAUCCUCAGCAAGCUACUCCUGCUGCACUCUCUGAAGCAGGAUAUCCCUGCACUGAGCUGGGAAUUCUUUGUAAAUCGUUUUGAGACGCUGUCCCUGGAGGCUCAGCUGCACCUGGACUGCAACAAGGAAUUCCCUUUCCCUACUACCAUCACAGCAGUGAGGACUAACACAGCCAAUCUGAGCGAUGCAGCAAUGUGGAAGAUUAGAAGAGCUCGUUUUGCCCGAAAUCGCCAGAAGAGCGUUCGUUCACUCCGAGACAGUAUAAAAGGUCCAGCUGAGUCCAAACGUGCCUUCUCCCUCCCAGAGACACUCUCUAACAAACUGCCUCUAAGGCUCACAAGACAAGAGCAGUCUGCACCUACACUCGGAGAUAUGCUAGAGAAGGUCCUGCCAGCCCACCUGCCAGGCCAGAGCUCUCCCCCAGAAGAAGAUUCAGGCAUCAGAGAUCUUCUCCCAGAAGAUGUAGGAAUAGACCACCAGACCGUCCACCAGCUCAUCAUGGUGCUAAUGAAGUUCAUGGCGAAGGAUAAGAGCAGUGCGGAGGCUGACAUCGGCAGUGCCAAAGCCUUUAACACUGUGAAGAGGCACCUGUAUGUGCUGCUGGGGUACGACCAGCAGAUGGGCUGCUUCAUGAUCACCCCGCAGAAGAUGCGCUCCUCUACCUGCUUUAAUGCUUUCAUUGCUGGUAUUGCACAGGUGAUGGACUACAACAUCGGUUUAGGGAAGCAGAUGCUGCCCCUUGUGGUGCAGGUGUUGAAGUACUGUACUUGCCCUCAGCUUAGACCCAACUUCCAGGAGGCUCCACGCUGUUCACUUUGGGCUCUAAGGCCACAUAUUAGGCAGAUGUGGCUCAAAGCGUUGCUUGUCAUCCUCUACAAGUACCCGUACAGAGACAUGGAUAUGAGUAAAGAAGUUGUGCUGCAUCUGAUCCACAUCACCAUCAACACUUUAAACGCACAGUAUCACAGCUGCAGACCCCACGCCUCCGCUGGUCCACUCUACAGUGACAACUCCAACAUGAGCCGCUACAGCGAGAAAGAGAAAGAGGAGGACAGUGUGUUUGAUGAAUCAGAUGUCCACGACACUCCAACUGGAGCAGGCAACAAGGAAUCCCAGACAUUUUUUGCACGGCUUAAGAGGAUUGGAGGAAGCAAGUCCGUUAAGUAUCAGCCUGUGGAGCUCAAUGCUCAAAAAAGCGAGAUUGAGCUGGCAGAGUACAGAGAGCCAGGCACACUGCAGGACAGCCUUCUACACCCUGCACGAGAUGACAGCAGCAGCAGCAAGAAGAAGAGGCUGCAGGCCAUGCACAAGCAGAAGUCUCUGGACAUUGCUAACACGGACUCCAUCCUUUUCAACCUCGACGAGCACCGCCGUAAGUCAUGCAUUGACCGCUGUGACUUGCAGGGGCCACCGCCUCCACCCCCUUCUUCCUCCUGCUCAACGGCCAGGCAGUCGCGUCGAGGAGACCGGCACGGCAAAGAAUCCUCUGAUGGCUCCUCGGGCCCCGACCGUCGAGGGUCUAACCUGCAGACAGACCACAUGAGGCCAGUUAUUCCUGAGGUUCGUCUAAGCUGCAUGGAGACUUUUGAGGAUAAGUCCACAGGGCUGGACUCUCCUCUGGUUGUCUCCGGUAGGCCUGGCAAAGAAGACGCUGACCUGAUUGAUCUGUCUUCAGAUUGUGCGUCUAUACCAGAGAAGCGCUCCAUUCUCUCUCUUUCCGAUAGCGACUCCUUGGUCUUUGAACCCCUGCCACCGCUGCGCAUUGUUGAGAGUGAUGAGGACUUGUUUGAGGCACUUUCAAUGCCGCCUAGUGGAAUGCAGAUCAAAUCUGAGCAUCCGUCACCAUCAUCCACAAGCACUAUUCUACGCUUAUCUCCAGUCAUCCAAGUCAGUGUGGAGGACUGCUCUAAGGACAGAUCGAGCAACUCUAGCAGCCUUGCCAAAGGAAGCCCUCUUCAGGCUUCUGAUAGAAAGCCAUCUCCACGUAUAACCCCUACUGCUUCCUUGGAGCUUCCCGAAUCCACAAUCCACCCAGGCCUUGAGAGCCCAAUGACCUUGAAGCAAAAACGAGACCUCUUCAGGAAAACGGCCCACGUGCCCGACACUUCAGUUGAUGAAGGCAUCGAAGGAGGAAGCCCAUCUGGAAGAUCCAUUUUCCUUAACAUCCCAGAAGACACACUUGACAGCCUGGACCCACUAAAGGCCAACAAAUACGAAGGGAGUGUACAUACGGAGGAUGAGGACGACGUUGAGGAUGAUGAUGACACUGGUGAUGAGAGAGAAAGUGAUCCCAAGCCAGAUGAUGAGAGCGAUGAAGCAGAGUUUAAGAUUCAGAUCGUUCCUCGCCAGCGUAAGCAGAGGAAGAUAGCGGUCAGUGCCAUUCAGAGAGAAUACCUGGACAUCUCGUUUAACACUCUGGACAAGAUGGGAGAACAAAGCACAGACCCAGAUCACAAAGCUCUGUCCAAACUGGAAAAGCCACGAGAAUCGGCCUCUGCCCCCGCCCUCGAAGCCACAAUCCCAGAAACAAGCAACCGCUCCUCAGUAACAACUCAGUACCGGCAGGUGAAGCGAGGCUCUCUGGGCGCUGUGACGAUGAGUCAGCUCAUGAAAAGACAGCUGGAGCACCAGUCCAGCGCGCCACACAACAUUAGCACCUGGGAAACAGGCCCGACAAAGACCAGCCUGCUGUCAGCUCCCAGCACAGUCAGCAUGUACGUUCCUGCACCAGAGGACUUUAACGAUGAGCAACCAACCAAUAUGGCGGACAGUAAGGGCUUCUUGAUCAGCUCCACAUCCUUUCAGAACCACAGCGCUGAGUCGUCUUCUCACAGUGGACGGACAGACAGAUCUGAAGCGAGAGUGGAGCUUGAUGUUCUCCUAUCUCUCAAUGAUGAAAGGUGUCGAGACUGUGGAGCUGUGUUAGAGGAGUAUGAUGAGGAGACCCUGGCUUUGGCUGUUGUUGUUCUCUCCAUGUUUAUCCACCUGAGUCCGGAUCUGGCUGCUCCACUGCUGCUGGACAUCAUGCAGUCAGUGGGAAGGUUGGCAUCCAGUGCAAAUUACUCUGGCCAAGCUGAAAGCAUGCUGAUUCCUGGUAAUGCUGCAGGUGUAGCGAAGCAGUUCCUGCGCUGUGUGCUCCACCAGCUUGCACCCAAUGGCAUCCUGCCACAACUAUUCCAGAGCAACAUCAAAGAUGGAAGCUUCCUUCGCACACUGGCCACGUCUCUCAUCGAUUUUAAUGAACUGAGCUCAGUGGCAGCAUUAAGUCAGCUUCUUGAGGGUUUGAACAACAAGAAGAGUUUGCCUGCUGGAGGUACAAUGCUUCACUGCUUGGACAACAUUGCCACCUUUAUGGAGGCUCUUCCUAUGGACUCUCCCAGUAAUCUUUGGACAAACAUCUGCAACCAGUUCCAAACCUUCCUGACCAAGCUUCCUGCAGUGCUGCCUCUGAAGUAUCCAUUGGACUCCAGUUUGAGAAUCAUCAUUUGCUUGCUGAAGAUUCCAACCUCAAAUGCAACCAGAAGUUUGCUGGAACCCUCUUCAAAGCUGCUGAGUUUUGUCAUCCAGUAUGGUGUUUUCAGCCUGUCCUACCUGGUGGAGCUAUGUGGCCUGUGCUACAAAACCUUCAGUAAGGAAAGAGACAAGUUCUAUAUGUCCCGCGUUGUCGUUCUGGAGUUGCUGCAAGCUUUGAAGUUCAAGUCUCCAAUUCCUGACACUAAUCUACUACUGCUGGUCCAGUUUGUAUGUGCUGACAUUGGAACUCGGCUAUCUGAGUCCACUAUCCUACAGAAGCACAUGAUCUCAGCUAUACCUGGGUGCACAACAGCAGCCAUGGAGUGUUUGAGGCAGUACCUCAGUGAGCUGCUGGACUUCAUUGCAGAUAUGCACACUCUGACCAAACUAAAGAGUCAUAUGAAGGCCUGCUGUCAGCCUCUUCAUGAAGAUACUUUUGGUGGGAAUCUGAAAGUGGGUCUAGCCCAGGUUGCUGCAAUGGAAAUCAGUAAAGGCAAUCACCGGGACAACAAGGCAGUGAUUCGCUACCUGCCAUGGCUAUACCACCCACCUUCUGCCAUGCAACAGGGGCCAAAGGAGUUCAUUGAAUGCGUGUCCCACAUUCGCCAGCUCUCCUGGCUCCUGCUGGGCUCUCUUACUCACUGUGCUUUGCAUCAGGGCUCAACGUCUUGUAUGCCCAUUCCACUGGACGCUGGAUCUCACAUUGCAGACCACCUCAUUGUAAUUCUCAUUGGCUUCCCGGAGCAAUCCAAGACAUCAGUGCUCCACAUGAGCUCCCUGUUCCAUGCCUUUAUGUUUGCCCAACUGUGGACCAUCUACUGUGAGCAGGCCGCUGCUGCCCCGGCCGGGCAGAACCAGAACCAGAAUGAGUUUUCAUCUGGAGCCAUCCUCACUGGCCUGGAGUUCUGGAGCCGAGUCACGCCCAGCAUCCUCCAGCUCAUGGCACACAACAAAGUAAUGGUGGAGAUGGUGUGUUUACAUGUCAUCAGUCUGAUGGAAGCGUUACAAGAAUGUAAUUCAACCAUUUUUGUGAAAUUAAUUCCAAUGUGGCUGCCAAUGAUUCAGUCCAACUUAAAUCACCUAUCUGCGGGUCUCCAGCUGCGUCUGCAGGCUAUCCAGAACCGAGUGAAUCACCAGUGUCUCCAGGGGCCCGGAUCUGGCUCCUUUCCCAUAGCCCUGCGCAAGUGGCUGCAGUGUACUCAGUUUAAAAUGGCUCAAGUGGAGAUCCAGUCAUCUGAGGCCGCCUCCCAGUUCUACCCCAUGUGAUGUGCAGAACAGUCCUAUAGGAGCUUCUGUGAGACCAGCACACAUCUGUUAUCUGCACCAUCCAACAUACUGUUUUUCUGUCUGACUCCACAUGUAGUUGUAUUUAGAAGCUCAGCUUUUGUACCUAUGGAAUCAGCUGAACAGUCUGUGGGUUUGGACAGCAGCAACAAUACAGAAACAGAUGCAGACUAACAGUAAAUCUUCAAAGAGGUCUUUAUAUUCACUUGUGAGUGUAUCACCAUCAUCAUGCAUACAUAGGAAAAGUUUUCAUCUAAUUCUGAAACAGUGUCACUGAAUAAUAAGGUGUCAAAACAGCAGAAUGUGGUACAUACAGAUGCAGGAGUCUUCCUUAGUGUGGGUGAGUGUGUGUUUGAGUGUGUGUGGUUAUGUGUGCCUCAGCCAGACAUUGUGAGUAGGUGUGAAAAUCACUGGCUGUAGUGCACACACCUUUCAUAUGCAUUAUCAGAAAGCGUGAGAAUAAUGGUGUUAAAUAUAGAGGGCUUAUAAAGAUACAAAGAUAAUGAAUAAUAUGUUUAUAAUAUAUUAUGUUUGUUCAUUUCAAGUUUAUUCUGAAAUAAACAAGAACUAAUUUUUUAA